CAGUCCUGAUUGAGGAAAGAUUAUUUACCAGCUUUCUAAAGGAUUACAGUGCAUGUAAUUGUUGUGUAUAAGAAAUAGAAAAUUAUUUCAUGCCAAUUUAAUGGUUGGAUACAAUGGAUUUAGAUCAUAGUUACAGAGGGAAUCUAUCUUCGUUCUAACCUGCUGUUUUCCACUAAUGAGGAAAAAUAUCGAACUUUGCAGUUGGAGAUGUUAAGAGAUGAAUGAGCUAUUUUGAGGGAGACUAGAGUAAGAAGUUUAUUUACAGCAGUUUAUGAUCACUUACUUGUGAAAGAUUCCAUGGUGAAAUUCAUCUCCAAUGAAUUUAUAUUUGUUAAUCAUGAGCCAAGAAUAAAAGAACAUGUACACAAUGAAAUGGUGGCUAGGCCUGUGUUUUUUGUGUGGCUGGUCAGGAGCCCUGGUCAUCAUCCCACUGAUCACAGAUGACAGGAAACUCAACCACAUGGUACUUAACAAUGAAACACUGUUUAUUGGAGCAACAAACUACAUCUAUCAGCUUAGCCCAGAUCUUGAGAUGGAAAUGAAAAUAAUCACUGGACCUCAAAAUGAUUCACAGAAAUGUGGAGUAGAUCUAGAAAAUUGUUCCUUCAAACCUGACUUAUCUCCUACUGACAAUCACAAUAAAAUUUUACUGGUGUUUUCUGAUAGGCUUGUGGUCUGUGGAAGUGUAUUCCAAGGAAAAUGUGAAAUCAGGGAUUCUCAUAAUAUAAGUGAUGUUUUAGUGCAGGGAAACACAGCAGUGGCAUCCAAUGAAGUUGAUGUAAACACUAUUUCUUUUAUUUCGCAAGUCUACAACAGUGCUACUCUUAAGAUGGAACCAAUGAUGUAUGUUGCAACUGAAUUCACAAAGUUUGAUGUCUCAAAAAAUUCAAUUGAAUACAAUAACAGAAGGAAAGUACCAUAUGUCAGUAUACGGCUUCUAGAUCAAAAUUUCUUUACAGCACAAGGUACGAUAAAAGGUCAAAAUGAGUACUUGAAACCAAGCCUGAUAUUGUAUGUAACUGGAUUUACCUCAGGGAAUUACAGUUACAUACUUUUUAAUGAAAAAAAAUUAUUAGAUGCAACAUAUGCUUCCAAAAUUGUGCAUAUGUGCCGUAUGGAUGAUCAGUUAAAAACAUUUCAGGAAGUACCGUUAAUUUGCAAAACAAGUAAUAAGACAUAUAACUUUUUGAGGACUGCAAAGGUGUUUAAACCAGGUCAGAAUUUGCUAAGAUCCCUUCAAGUCCAGUUUCCAGAUCUAACAUCAGAUGAUGAUGUCAUGAUUGGACUUUUCUCUCAGGAUCCAGACAGUACUAGCUCAGCAAUAUGUAUGUUUGUUAUGAAAGAGGUCAAGAAGACUGUUCUCAUCAAUGCCAGGAAAUGUUUGAAUGGCAUAAAAAAUAAUGCUGCCAAUAAAAAGUAUGAAAACGGUUUAUCAUGCACAGAAGUAGCUGAGACAUUCCUUGAUGAGGAAUUACUGUGUUCUAGCUCCCUCAAUGUAAUCAUCGCUGGAGAGGAUUCUCUGAUAUCUGCUCCAGUCAUUCAGUUUCCUUUAACAAAUUACAGCUUUGUGUCUUUGGCUGUAACCAUCACCACCAAGUUCACAGUUGCAUUUUUAGGAACUUCAGUUGGCCAAAUCCAAAAGCUGGUAUUAAAGGCAACCGAUAAAGCUGAAUUGUACGACAAGGCCAUUAUUGUGGAUGAUGAUCAUACAAUCAACCAGGAUAUGAUGUUUGACAAAACCCAGAUGUUUCUUUAUGCCAUGAGUGACAGAAAGGUUGCCAAGAUACCAGUUCAAAAUUGUCAACAGUAUACCACAUGCAGUGAGUGUCUAUCAAGCAGAGACCCCUACUGUGGCUGGUGUACACUUGAACACAGAUGCUCAUUGAAGAGUGAGUGCUCAAAUCCAACAGCAAGCCGCUGGAAGAAUGUUUCAAACCCAGAUUUAUCCUGUAUAGCCAUUCUAAAUGUGUCACCACCAAUGGCCCAUGUCUCCCAAAAUAUCACACUAUAUUUAACAGUCAACGACCUACCAGAAAGUUUCAAUACAUCAUACAACUGUGUGUUUGGUUUCCAUAAUGGAAUUCAGCAAAAGUCAUCAGCCUUGAUAAGGAGUUAUGGGAUCGAGUGUAGAAAUCCACAUGUAGAUGAUGACAGCCUAGCCUUUAACAAUGCUUUAGGACAUAUCAACAUAACUUUGGGCAUUGAAUCCUUGGAAACGAAGCACAUCAUUGUAUCAAAACCAUAUCUUCUUUACAAUUGCAGCAGUUUCUCUAGCUGCUCCAGGUGUGUUGACAAUGUUUACUGGUGUGACUGGUGUGUUGCAGAGAACAAAUGUCAAUAUAACACUGAGAUGUGUUCUGGGGAGAGUGUCAGCAGUCGAAAUGAUACUUAUGUACAAAACUACACCAAUUACAUUAGCAAUGAAGGCAAAAGAGGAAAACUAUUUUGUCCAAUGGUAGACAAAGCUAAAACUGGGGAUAUAUAUUUACCAGAGGGCCGUUCGAAAACCAUUAUUAUCCAAGGAAGAAAUUUCCCUGCUGAGCCGAAUAUAUACAGUGCUAGUAUAUACCUGCCGAGAGGUCCAUUAGAGGUGCAGGGGAAAAGAGUAUCGGCAACUCAGUUGGAAUUUGUAAUCCAGCAGAUUUCAGAUAUUAAUUUACCCAGUGGUUUAUAUGAUGCUAAAAUGAUAGUGGUGUGGACAGCGCAGAAGUUCAACAUUGAAAAUGAUGGAUUAACAUUGACAUUGUACAGCUGCAUAGAACAGGCCAAAAAGGACUGCAGUGUUUGUAGAAAUCUAGAACUCACAAAACCGGCCAUGAACUGUAAAUGGUGUGAGGGUCAGUGUGUCUACACUCAGCAGAACUGUGCUACAUCAUCAUGUCCAGCUCCAAGUGUCACUCAUAUAUCUCCCCAGUCUGGUCAUUUUCUUGGUGGUACAGUUGUGACUAUUUAUGGUUCCAAUCUCGGUGUCAAAUUCUCUGACAUUGAAAAUAAUGUGACUGUAGCUGGAAUUGCAUGUAACGCCACAGCGAAGAAAGAAGACUAUGUGCCCUCUAAAAGAAUUCGCUGUAUUACGGGGAGUCGGAGUGGAAAAGGCAUUGGUCCAAUUAAACUACUUGCAGUCACACUACACCAGUGGAGUUUUGCCUACAAGGUUCCUUCAAUCAGCAGUAUUAAUCCAAGUUAUGCAGCUAAGUCUGGAGGUCGAGUCAUGAACUUGACAGGAGAAAACCUUGACAUUGGGAAUGGACCUUCAGUUUAUAUUAAUAAUGGAACAUGCAUGAUUAUGAGCAAAAAUUCCGAAUCAUUAUAUUGUGCUGUGCCGGCUGGUAACACAGGAAGUGCUGAUGUCCAAGUGCACAUUGAUGGAAAUGCAGUAGAAAAAAAGAUGCCACCCAAUGCAUUCAAAUAUGUAGAUGAUCCUACCAUUUCAGAAAUCGACCCACUUAAAUCUAUACAAAGUGGUGGAAGGAAGUUGACUAUUUCUGGAACUGGUUUUAAUGCUGUUGAUAAUAUUUAUUUAUUUGUUAUCUUCAAUGAUGGGUCCUACUCAUAUAAUGAGACUUGUACUAUCAACAACAGCAGUCUCAUUUACUGCCUCUCCCCUGCUGUUCGGAAAAAGAGUGCUGAAUACCUAGACUUGCCCUCUACUCGAAGUGAAAAUGCCUCUGUACCAAAGGAAAUAAAUGUCAGGACAGAUUUAGAAGAAAGAAGGAGGCGGAGACAGCCAAGCACUUGGGAGGCACAACUAGGAUUCUACAUGGACAAUGUCUUAUCUGUACAAAAUCUUAGUGCCUCCUUCCCUGGUGUGCCUUCAACGCUGGAUUACACAACAGAUCCAAUUAUUUUCGAUUUUGAAGAGGCAGAUAAAACAAAGACAUAUAGUCAAGGCAUUGUGCUGGCUAUAAAGGGAAUGUAUAUGAACUUAGCAGCCACUGAGAAUGAAGUUCGAGUGUUUGUAGGUCAAAGCCUGUGUAAUGUGACCAGCUUAACACCUGUUGAAAUAUACUGUAUACCACCUAGCAGACAACCUGAUGUACGGGAUGAUGGGAAUCAGCAUUCAGAUGGAAUACCCAGAGUUUUUGUUGUGUAUGGUAACCUGGAGAAAGUGGUGGGCUACCUGAAGUACAAGGAGACAGGGGAAGUAAAUCUGAUAGACUACCUUAUCCCUUCUCUCAUGGGUUUUGCUGCAGUUAUUGUGGUCAUUAUAUUAUUGGUUUGUUUGAGGUAUCGUAAACAACAGAAGAAUGCUGAGCGUGAAUACAAAGCCAUACAAUUACAGCUGGAUAAUUUGGAGAGUACUGUCAGAAAUGAAUGUAAACAAGCCUUUGCUGAGCUGCAAACAGAUAUGACCGACCUGACAACAGAUCUUGAGAGCAGCAGGAAGCCAUACCAUGACUAUGAUGAGUAUACCUUCAGGAUACUGUUCCCUGGGAUGUUUGAUCACAUCAUACUGCAGCCUCCACAGAAAAGUGGAAACAUGGAUAGGCAUCCAGAUGUGGCCAUAUCUCACUUCCGUCAACUUCUGAACAACAAGCACUUCCUGUUGAUGUUUGUGAGGACACUGGAGAAGCAGAAGACGUUUACCAUUAGAGACAGAGCCAAUGUGGCCUCUCUUUUGAUGAUACUAUUUCAAAACAACAUGGAGUACAUAACUCAAAUACUGAAUGCAUUACUGUUUGACCUAAUAGAAAAAUCCAUAGAGACAAAGAGAACAAAGAUCAUGCUGAGAAGAACUGAAUCUGUGGUGGAGAAGUUGUUGGCUAACUGGCUGUCCCUAUGUAUGUAUCGCUACCUGAGGGAGGAGGCUGGAUCAUCCCUCUACACACUGUACCAGGCCAUUAAGGUUCAGGUAGACAAAGGACCAGUGGACUGCAUCACUUGUGAGGCCAGGUACUCACUGUCUGAGGACAGACUACUGAGGACAGAAAAACAGCUGGAAUACUCUGUGCUUACUUUACUUGUUGAAUUUAAAGAAAAGCCCAUCACAAAGUGUAGAGUAUUAGACUGUGAUACUAUUACUCAGUCUAAAGAGAAAAUGAUUGAUGCUUUGUGUCGUAAUAUUCCAUACACACAGCGUCCAAGGGCUGCUGAUUUAGAUUUAGAGUGGACAAAGGAAGGAAAAAUUCUUUGUGAUGAAGAUAAUUCUACACCAAAAAUAGAUGGGUGGAAGAAGUUUAAUACUUUAAAGUAUUACAAAGUGGAAGAUGGAGCAGAAAUGACUCUUUUGGAGCAUCAGAACUGUCGCACAUUGCCACGGUCUCCUAAUGGGUCUUUACAUUCCGCUGGAUUUGCUUUCACAGUAAAUAGAGAAGCUCAGCCAAUCACACGAACAGAGAGUGAAGUUGGUUGCAAAUACUGGCAUCUUGUCAAACAGGAUGACUUAAACACAGGCAUCAAGAUCAGCUCAGAGGUUUUCUUAACUCGUUUGCUUGCUACAAAGGGAACACUGAAGAAGUAUGUUGAUGACUUUUUCACAAUAAUUCUAACUGCUAAUGAGAGCAUACCUCCAGUCAUCAAGUCUUUGUUUGAUUUUCUUGAUGAGGCAGCAACAAAAUACGAGGUUGAACCUGAAGUCGUGUACAACUGGAAGUGCAAUAGUGUUCCUUUGCGUUUCUGGGUGAACAUCAUCAAAAACCCAGAGUUUGUAUAUGAUAUCAACAAAACUAACAUUGUGGACUCCUGUCUCUCAGUUGUUGCUCAAGCCUUUAUGGAUAGUUGCUCAACCUCAGACCAAAACCUAGGAAAGGACUCUCCUUCCAACAAACUUUUAUUUGCCAAAGACAUCCCACAAUACAAGAGCUUAGUUGAGAAGUACUUUCAAGAUAUAAAAUCCAUGCCUGCUGUCAGUGAUCAGGACCUUAGUGCUUAUCUCAAUGAGGUCUCAAGGAUGGCAACCGAUCGGUUUACGAAAGAAAAUGCCCUUCAUGAACUUUACAACUAUGUACACGAGUACAGCAAUGCCAUUAAUGAAGGUUUGGAGGAAGAUCAGACAUCGUCAGCCCAACAGCUUCCUGCCAAACUAGGUCAUGUGAUCACAUCAAUGGAGGGGCCUUCGGCCUCUGGGCCAUCAUAUGUCUGACCCCAGGCAGAAUUCAGGUGGAUUCUACUUAAUUAAUCUGCAGUAUGUCAAAGAGCAAUACCUAAUGUUAUCAACAUCUUCAAGAAAUUGCCAUCAGACAACAAUAUUAGAUUUAUUUAUAAGUAAAAAAUAUGUAUGUGUAGAAUGUUCAUUAAGAAUUGGAAUUGAUAUGAUAUGCAUUUGUAAAUUUUUAUGAGGACUUAUUACUCAUGAUACGUGUGCAAUAAAAUUGUUUUAUAUUAGUACAAAGUACAUGUAACAUGAGAUGAAUAUGCAUCACUAUUAACAAAUGUGUCUUACUAUGUUAUUUCAUAAAAUAUCUUUUAAGCUUCCCUGACUUAAUUUUCUUAUCAAACAUUCAUCUGACAUCUAUUGUUUUAUUUUGUUUCACCAUUUAAACAACUGUAACUAAAGUUGGCACCAUUAGCAUUCUUGUGUAAAAGGCUUUUACGUUUGCUAGUAUUUAUUUUAGUAUUACACCUACUCCUAUGAAAGAUUGAUGAAAUAUUCAGGAAAGCAUUCUUCUGAAGAUGAUACAAUUAUAUUUAUAAACCUAAUUGAUCAUCUGUUGCACUUAAAAGAUCUAUUGAUAUCCUUUUGCAAUGGCAUCACAUGUGUGGUCACAGAUGUCAUAUAGUUUUCUCUUUUUGUUGUAAAAUAAUGUAUUGAGUUUACUCCUCUUAGUUUAACUGUUCUCAUUUCAAAUCCCUAAAUGUACCAGUAUUUACAGUGCAAUUUAUCAAUGGCUAGUAAAGAUGUACGUAUACUAUGCAAAAUUUCGUGAAAACUUAUUUAUCAUGAUAUAUACAAAAAUUUAGGAUUAGGAGUUGAAUUGUUUUUACUUGAUCUUGUAUAUGUUUAGUCUUUCAUUAACGGUAUUAUGUCCUUGCCAAAAGUUUUGGGUGUUCAGUUUUUAGGCAGUUCAAAUAAGCGAUGUAUAAUUGAAUCAAUGAAAUGAAGAAAUCGAAUUUGUUUUCAAUAAUUAUUGUAUAUUACUCAAAAUGUUAAUUGUUUCAUGGUUAUACAGAUUCACAUGGCAUUUUCCAUCAGUUUCACAAACCAAUUCUAUGUAUACCAAACAAGUGCAAUACAACUGUUUUGAUUAUAAUAUUUUUUUCUAUGCAUUAAAUACUAUCGUAGUCUUCAGUUUAAUGAAUGAAUGAGUGAAAGUUGUUUUAAUAAGCUAAAUGUAAGAAUUUUGUACACCAAUGAGUUCACAAUUAUUUCUUACAUUAUGGAUAUUAUACUUGUAUACAAAACAUUUUUUAGAAUUCUGUGCAUUAUCCAUGUUUUUAAAAGAUAAUCCUUUGAUAUGCAUGCUCAUUACAUAUAAUUGAUUGAAGCAGGAUUGAUCAUGUUGACCUGCUGUAGAUAGAAGUAAUUGUAUAAGAUAUUUUAAUGAAUAAAAAAGGUAAUACUU